AUGGAGAACGAUUUGAGGGAGAUCUGGGGCUCCUUCCUGGUCGCGCGCAACCUUCACUGCGGCCUGUCCAAGGCUGGGGCCAAGGUUUAUUUGCCGAACUUCGUGGCACGGCAAUUCGGCCUGAUCCAAACGGCACCGCUUCCCCCGUUGUCAACCAACCGGCUCUCGUCUUGGAGGGUCGACGUCGCCCAGCAGCACGGCGUGGCUGGCAUUUCCUUCCAACUUCGAAAGGGAGUGACCUUCCUCACUCUAACGCCUUGGUUGCGUCGUAAUGCGUAUGACGAGGAUGGUCUAGUACGAGGAGUGCAUUUCGGCCAGAUUCAUUCGGCCUGUUGA